AUGUUCGAGGAGCAGGUGACCAGGGUCAAGAUCACGUCUGUGGUGAUCGUGGUGGGCAUGGCGUUGAUGCUGGCGGCGGUGGUGACGGACCACUGGGCCGUCCUCAGCCCCCGGGUGGAGAAGCUCAACGCGACCUGCGAGGCGGCCCAUUUUGGCCUUUGGAGGCUCUGCAAGAAGAGCAUCUUCAUUGUGGAGGCGGACCCUCAGGGCAAAGGCUGCGGCCCCAUCGGCUUACCUGGAGCCGAAAACUGUUCCUACUUCAAACACUUUACCUCGGGGGAGGAAGCGGAAGUUUUUGAAGUCAAGACCCAGAAAGAGUACAAUAUCUCAGCAGCAGCCAUCGCCAUCUUCAGUCUGCUCUUCAUGAUCCUGGGCACCCUCUGUGUCGUCUUCUCUUUCGGGAAGGGGCGGGACUACCUGCUCCGGCCUGCUGGGAUGUUUUUCGCCUUCGCAGGCCUUUGCAUCAUCAUUUCUGUUGAAGUUAUGCGCCAGUCUGUCAAGCGCAUGAUUGACAGUGAUGAGACCAUCUGGAUUGAAUAUUACUACUCCUGGUCCUUUACCUGCGCCUGCGCCUCCUUCACCCUGCUCAUCCUCAGUGGAGCCGCCCUGCUCCUCAUCUCCAUGCCCCACAUGCCACGUAACCCCUGGGAGUCCUGCAUGGACGCAGAGCCUGACACCUUAGAGUAG